AGACACCUAGAAGGAAUGCAUGCGCCUAACAUUAGGACAGUCUGAAAGCUGGGAUGAAAUAUAGUUCAUGGAUACACACGCACCAUUGUGUUCUUUGAGGAUGGAAAUUCGGUGGUUGCGAAAGCGCCGGGGAUGUAAAACUAACGACAGCUCCCUGGAAGCUUUGAACAGCACGCCAACGACAGACAGAGUUUCGCUUUGGAUAGUUAUCUAUGAACAGAUUCUUUGAUUCAUCAUUUGUGAUGAAUGGCACAUCUAUGAGAAACCCAUACAGAUAUUCUCAACCAGACUUCAACAAUGAACCAAUGGGAUGAUGCCUGUCUCUUGGACCACUCUGGAAGAUACUGUGGGAGUAGAUUCAUCUUUGGGGAUGAAAUUAUGAAAGCCUGUUUUAACUAUUUGUUGAUGUUCUAGCCGAAACGACCCGAAUAUCCAAUGUGUUCAGAUACUUGUUUGCGCCAAUGGAAUAUGUUAUUAAUGGGAAAGGUGCCAAGGCAGUUUAGACUUUUUUUAGGGGGUAACACUUCCUGUAAGUAGACAUCACAUUUUAUUCAAUGAUUUGUAGAGGAGCUUUUUAGCCUUCGUGUCAUCGCAUGGUGCUGCUAAUUCCUCAGUGAUGCUGCGUGGUCCAGACAUGCUGAAGAGCCGCUGCUGCGUCCUAUUUGGUGACCUGAAGGUGCUGUUACUCCGGCCCCCGUCUCCGGUAACGGUAUUGAUCCCCAUGACCGGACACGUACCGGACAGCCAUGGGGUCCCUUCAGACGUCAGUGGACCGGACAACAACACGUUAAUGACCCAUCAGGGUCCGGGGGACAUACGGACUGCCCCGCCACCGGGGGGUGCUAGCGGGCCGGAGAGAGACAGACUGGCGGGGGGCUCAGGCUGGGUUGAUGCGGCAGAGCCAUCGGGGGUAUUACGCUGCAGCAGCUCCUCUGAUAGCUGGGCUAAGGACAAGCUGGAACAGAGGUUCUCCUUGUGCAGUUAUAGUGAGAGUGGCAGCCUCAGGACACCUGUCUGCAGGAUCUGCUUCCAGGGACCUGAAACGGGGGAGCUGCUGAGCCCAUGUCGCUGCAGUGGGUCGGUCCGCUGUAUCCACCAGCCCUGCCUCAUCAAGUGGAUCAGUCAGAGAGGAUCCUGGGCCUGUGAGCUCUGCUACUACAAGUACCAGGUCAUCAGCAUCAGCACCAGGAACCCGCUACAGUGGCAGUCCAUCUCCCUGGCGGUGAUAGAGAAGGUUCAGAUAGCUGCAGCGGUUCUGGGGUCUAUGUUCCUGGUGGCCAGUCUGUCCUGGCUGGUCUGGUCCUCCUUCAGCCCCUCGGCACGCUGGCAGAGACAUGACCUGCUUUUCCAGAUCUGCUACGGCAUGUACGGAUUCAUGGACAUCGUCUGCUUCGCUCUAAUCAUCCAUGAAGGACCUUCAGUGUUCCGUAUCUUUAACCGGUGGCAGGCUGUCAACCAGCAGUGGAAGGUUCUCAACUACGACAAGACCACUGACAGUGAGAACCUGAAGACAGCAGCCACAGUGCGGACUCUCUCUCAGCCUCAGUCUAGCCAGAGAAACCAGGCUGGGACAGGAUUAGGACCCUCCUCUGCCACCUCCCCUCUGGCUGCUGCCACCACAGCACCGGACUUAGCUACAGCAUCACCAACCACAGGGAUUGGGCUGGUCACACAGGGUUCCACUGAGCAGGCCAGGGGGACAGCUGGACCAGACCAACACUGUGCUGCCUACAAUAUCCUCCACCUUCUCAGCCACCUGAGGCAGCCAGAGGCCCACGGCUACCCCAGCCACAGCACCCGGGAGCUGGUCAUGAGAGUCACUACAGUCUGAGGCUCUGACUGAGGCCUUGUCAAGGAGAGAUUUGACAUUGAAAUGGAAGGCCUUGGUCUAAAAUGACCAACAAUGUUUAAAAUGCACCAUUGAUGACCUUAAAGACAGUGUGUGUGUGGGGGGGGGGUCAUUAAAAAAAAUGAAACAUAAAAAACAUGAUUCCCCCUGUGGAAACAUCAGUGGGGGGGUGUCUCUGUAUAUAUUAAAGCCCUUUUGUGUGGUAAAACUCAUUCUGAUUGGCUGAGCUCCCCAGUGGGUGGGCCUAUGCCCUCCCUGACCCACCCAUUGCUGAGCCCCUGCCCAGUCAUGUGAAAUCCAUAGAUUAGGGACUAAAACAUUUAUUUCAAUUGACUGAUUUCCUGAUAUGAAGUGUAACUCAGUAAACUCUUUGAAAUUGUUGCAUGUUAGCUUUCCUAUUUUUGUUCAGUUUAUUAGACUGGAGUGGAUGAACACGUGUAGGUAGUCUACAAGAGACUACAGGAGACUCUACAGGAGACUCUACAGGAGACUCAAGGAGACUCUACAGGAGACUACAGGAGACUCUACAGGAGACUCUACAGGAGAAUACAGGAGACUCUACAAGAGACUCUACAGGAGACUACAGGAGACUCUACAGGAGACUCUACAGGAGACAACAGGAGACUCUACAGGAGACUCUACAGGAGACUACAGGAGACUCUACAGGAGACUCUACAGGAGACUACAGGAGACUCUACAGGAGACUACAGGAGACUCCAGGAGACUCUACAGGAGACUCUACAGGAGACUACAGGAGACUCUACAGGAAACUACAGGAGACUACAGGAGACUACAGGAGACUCUACAGGAGACUCUACAGGAGACUACAGGAGACUCUACAGGAGACUACAGGAGACUCCACAGGAGACUCCACAUGAGACUCUACAGGACACUACAGGAGACUCUACAGGAGACUUUUGAAGCAUCUCCAUCAUAUUAAACUGUUGUGACAGGUUGUGUUUGUCACAUAAAUGCUAAUACGUUUCAUUUUAAAAGUUAAAUGACACAUAUUUAGGCUAUAUUGAAGCGUUAUUCAAAUGACAUUUUCACUGCAGUUUACAGUCUAGAGUAUAAUUGUACUCACUAGAAAACAAUAAUGCAAUAUGCAUUGUAUUGUGGUGCUGUAGGUGUUCGAAUCAGUGCGACCUGCACAUUCAUUAAUUCAGAACCUAUUUUUUAAGAGUCUAAAAUCCUGAUUUGGUCAAACAGUAAAGUACAUUAUCCUCAUAUA